AUGAUCUCCUGGCUGGUAGCUGGCAAGUCAACUAGAGGCAGUGGUGCAGAUCCAGUGUCAGUGUUACUCCUGAUGGUCGAGAAGAAUGGAAAGAAAGUUAGAUCUCAUUACGAGAAUAUUGCACUUGGAAAAAAUUUGAGAAGUUUACCACAUUUUCUUUCUGUUGCCCUUCCAGGGAUUUAUGCAAGUGUCUUUGAUUUUUGUGCUGGGAGGUGCCGCCAUAACUCUGAGAGUGUGGUUCACGAAAAUGCUUAUGUUAGCGAUUUUCAUCAUUGCUUUUCUCUGCCAUCAAACUCUUCAGGAGUUAAUGAUACACAAGCAGAAGGCAGACUGCUUGGCAUUAAUGUCAUCAUUGGGAGGCAAGGCGAGUCCUGUGAUUCAGUUUGCCAGUCAAAUGGAAAAUCGUGUGUCCUAAAUAAACUUUGGCUGCUAAAUCAAUGUGAUAUUAUCCAAAGAUAUAUGAACUGCAAAGGAGCAUGUUUGGCAAGCAUUGGAGCAGAUCAGCCUGCCGAAGUGGUUGAUGAUGCCCCCACACAUUUGAAUCCAGGAGCAUGCUUAUACAGUCGGACGCAGUCAGUGCUUUCUUGUGAUGGCUCGCAUAGACAUACGAAGAGACUUUGCCCCUGUGCGUAGUGCCUAUAUAUGGUAAGUAUGUAGUUUGUUGACCGCACAACAUUAUGCAAAUGGUUUUAUUUUUUAAAUGGAGUUAGACAGAAGAGAAUGGAAGAAAUGGGAGAGGAAAUAAAUUUUCUUUUUCUUGCUAGGGUGUUCAAUUUUUGGAGAUAAGGAGAAAUGGGAUCAAUUUAUGCCUCCAUUUUCAAUUUCCCCAAAAAAAGUUCAAAUUGAAAGAAAAUGAAUUAACAUAAUAAAGAAAAGGAUAAACUUUCCUCUCUACAGUAGUAGAUGAUUUUUUUCUCAUUUUUUUUAGCAUCAAAACAAAAGGAAAGAAAAUAGUGUUCUUUCUCUUCUUCUUGGCAACUCCCAUUUUGUUUAUUUUGUCUUCCCCUCUAACUCUGGUAACAUAUCCUUAACUACUUAACCUUCUUCUUGCA